GCCUAUCAGGAAGUUUGCGCUGGCGGGAGUUUCGUUUUAUUACUGCAUCUUUGAUAUUACGCAAGCGUCACCGACGUUACUGAGGUGCUUGACUUUGCCUAUUUCUCGAUUUGAACUUUGAUGACGCAGUUCACUUAAUUCAAUCGAUCCCAUUCGUGCAAAUGAGCUAAACACUCGUGAACUAACGUCCUAGCGUUUAAUUUGUGCGUUUCGUUGGUUCGCACUGAGUAACUCAGUAACAGCGAGGGAGUUCAAGUCCCUUCUCUCGCGUUACGUUUUAACCAGCCGAAAUGGAUAAAAUCCUCGCGCUGUCAGACGGGGACAGUACUGAACUCCAGAAGUACCUGUCCACGCUCACAGAUGACCAGCUGACCACUGUGAUUAACAACGGCGCACUGAAGAGUAAGAAGGUCGGUGCCAUGAUUAAAGGCAUAUUCAAAGGCUCCGCGCCAGGUUCCCCUGAAGGGUCAAACCGCAGACUCCUUGUUUAUCAGCACUGCAUCCCUCUGUGUGAGUCUGGGGAUCUUCAGACUGAGGUGGCCGCUGAUAUCAUUGGACUGCUGAUGCUGGAGACUCACACGCUGCCCGGAACGUCUCUUGCAAAACUGGCGACUCUUUAUGUUGAAGCCAUUAAGGCGGGGAAAAUGGGCAGUGGGAAAUCCCUGGAGCUAUUUCCUACUGUGCUCACCGCCCUUUCGGCAUGUGAAGCCUUGUCUUAUGGCAAAGGCGAACUCAGUGGCGGAGAAUACAAGAAGCAGCUGAUCAACAGCCUCUGCUCAAGCAGAUGGGACCCGCAAUGUGUGAUCCACCUGACGACCAUGUUCAGGGAUGUGCCCUUGUCAUCAGAGGAGCUGCAGUUUGUGGUGGAGAAAGUACUGCGGAUGUUCACCAAGCUGGAUCUGCAGGAGAUCCCACCACUGGUUUAUCAACUGCUGCUUUUAUCUGCAAAGGGUUGUAAGAAACAGGUCCUGGAUGGAAUCAUCUGUUAUUUUAAGGAACAAGAUGUCUGCCAGGAGGAGGAGCAGAAACUUGGAGAGAGCCUGGACCUGGAGGUUCAGUCCAUUCCACUGGACCAGUUGAGGCAUGUGGAGGGCACUGCUAUCCUCCACAUAGUCUUUGCUAUACGACUCGACCAUGAACUCGGCAGAGAAUUCCUUAAAAGCUUUAAGACAUCAUACGGGGAUCUAUGCCCUUUCAGCGUUGCCCUGUUGCUCUCAGUGGCACGCGUCCAGCGUUAUGGAGAGCAGGUGUUUGACCUUUUGAAAGGGGCGAUCAUCAAGAGCUUCAAGGAUGAGCAACUGCAGCAGGGGUCAAAGUUCCUGCAGGACCUCCUGCCUGGUCACUGCAGUGUGGCUCAGAUGAUACUUGACACAGUCAAGAACAGUGUGUUUGGUUGGGAUCAUGUGACCCAAGGUCUGGUUCAGCUGGGCUUCUUCCUUAUGGAUGCAUUUGGACCCAAACCUGGACCGUUUGGCAAGACCACUGAAGGGUCUGCUAGCAUAGCCCGGACCCCUAAUCAGCAGGCAUGCAAGCUGGGAGGACAAGUGCUUCUGCAGGGCUUUAAGGUGCACGAGCCCAUCAGAGGCGAGAUACUGGACCAGGUCCUGAAUCGAUUGGUCUCAAAGACGGCCUCGCCUGUCAAUAAUUACUUAGAUCUUUUUUCUGACAUUGUGGUUUCUGCUCCCAUGAUCCUCCUGGAGUCAUCUUCUAAGGUGACCGAGACAUUUGACCACCUAUCAUACCUGCCUUUGACCACUGUUCAGGGUCUACUAAAAGCCAUCCAGCCUUUGCUCAAGGUCAGCAUGUCUUUGAAAGAUGCUUUGAUUCUAGUUCUCCGCAAGGCCAUGUUUUCCAGCCAACUGGAUGGCAGGAAGUCUGCAGUGACCGGCUUCUUGUUGCUGCUAAAGAACUUCAAAGUGUUGGGCAGCUUGGCCUCGAGCCAGUGUAGCCAGGCCGUCUCCUCUAGUCAGAUCCAAGUGGACGUCCACGCUCGCUACAACUCGGCUGCCAACGAGGCGUUCUGUCUGGAGAUCCUCAGCAGCCUGCGCCGCUGCCUCGGCCAGCAGGCCGACGUUCGCCUCAUGCUCUACGAGGGUUUCUACGACGUCCUCCGUCGCAACUCUCAGCUCGGGAGCUCCGUCAUGCAGACCCUCCUCUCGCAGCUGAGGCGGUACUACGAGCCCGAACAAGACCUCCUGCCCCCGGUGAAACUGGAGCCGUGCAUCACGGCAAUCGGAGACCAGGUCUACCUGCAGGAGCCGCUGGCCCACCUGUUGAGCUGCACUGUGCAUUGCCUACUGUGGCUGCAGAACAGCCAAUCGGCCAACACCAACGCUGACGACGGGGAGGAGGAGGAAGAGGAAGGGGAGGGAUACCAGUGUGAAAUACAGGCAGUCCUAGAGAGCAUGACGAGACGCAUGAUCAAGUGUGAACUAGAGGACUUUGAGCUGGACAAGUCGGCCGAGUUCUCCACGGCAAACAGUGUUGGGGUUAAAAACAAUAUCUAUGCGGUGCUGGUGAUGGGAGUGUACGAGGUCCUCAUGGAGCACAACUUCAUCAAAGCCAACUACAGCAAGAGCCGCUUUGAGGAGCUCAUGGAGCUGUUCAACCGCUACCACAAACUGGCCGAGAUCCUGAAGGAGAAAUCUGGGAAGGCUCGAGUGCUCUCAAACAAGAUUCCUCGCAGUUUACUCUCGUUGGGCUUCGUAUCAACUCUCCUCACUGGGCUAUUCCGGGACAGUACUCAGAGCAGAGAGGAGGCCCUCUCGGUGCUCCGCUCAAGUGGAGAGUUUGUGCGUUACGCCGUGAAUGUGGCCGUACAGAAGAUCCAGCAGCUGGAGGAGACGGGACACACGGACGGGCCAGAUGGACAGAACGCAGAAAGAACUUUCCGCUUCCUCUGUGACACAACGAGCGUGCUGCUGUGGCGUUACACCAACAUCCCCAGCGGUGUGGAGGACGCAGGGAAGAAGGAGAAGCGCUCCAGCUUGUCCCUGGUGUGUCUGGAAGGUCUGCUCAGGAUCUUCACUGCUUGUCAGCAGCGCUACCCGGACAGGAUGGCCCAGCUUCUCUCCUCCAUGGAAAUGUCUGAGGACGCCGCCGAGCCGGACGAAAGCAACGUUACAGAGAUGAACUUCUUUUACAUCAGACAGUUUCAGAGGGCGCUCUUCACACAGUUAAGCCGAGGGGAGGAAGAAUUUAACAGCAAAGAGGCUCAGCUGCUGGUCAGCAUCUUGUGUGUGCUUUCACGCCAGCUGAAGCCCUCCUCCCAGCAGUUUGUACAGAUGAUCACUUGGACCGUGAAGAUCUGCAAGGAGACCAGUUUUGAGGAUUCGGCUUUCUCCAAGGGGCUGCUCACCCUGCUCUUCAACCUGCAUGUCCUCUACAAGAGUCCUGUAAGCCUGCUGCUGGAAUUGUGCCAAGACAUCCACAGCCAACUUGGAGAUAUUGAUGAGAAUGUUGAGGUGGAAAAACAGUCUCACUUUGCCAUCAUCAACAUGAAGACUGCAACGGCGGGAGUGCUGCUGGUCCUGUCUCAGGUGGACAGAGUGCUGGAUGAAGUGGACUGGCUGAUUGCCAGAAAGAAAAGCCGGACGUCCUCUGACAAAUCUGCUGCUGGUACAACACCUUUUGACGCGGCUGCUAAAUUGGGAUUAAUGGGGAGCGUUAAAAAGGGGGGGGGGGACGAGGUAAUAAAACUUGCGUUGCGUUCCCGACGUGUAGGCGAGGCCACCCAGACCGCAGGCCAGCAGGACCCAACAGAGAAAGCCGUGACGCUGCAGCUCGGGACCCUUUUGACUGCUUUAAAUGAGCUGGUCCAGACGGCCCUGCUGCCCGGGACCUGCACCAUCACCCUGCUGCGGGAACUGAGUCGCACAUACACCACCCUCACCACCCUGGUCAAAUACUACAUCCAGGCGUGUGCCAGCCAGCACAGUGCACUGCCGGCGCGGUUUGAGAAGCUGGUGAGUCGGAGGUGUCCUUCCUCUCGCUUGGCUCUUCUAAUACUUCAAUUAGUCUCGCUAAGCAUGUUUUCUUUUCUUCUUCUCCAGGUCAAACUGUCGGGCUCCCACCUCACUCCGCAGUGCUACUCCUUCAUCACGUAUGCACAGAACGGAGAAUUCGGUGGUGGAGGAGCAGAUGACAAGAAGAAAAAGAAAAGAAAUGAAGUGAACGCUGCUCCCUCUGCAAAGCUUCUCCGUGAGACAAAGGCCAUCCCGAACGUGAUCUUCAGUAUUGAGCAGUAUGAAAAAUACCUCAUCACACUCUCAAAGAAAUCAAAGGUAAACCUGAUGCAGUACAUGAAGCUGAGCACCUCGAGGGAUUUCCGCAUCAACUCUGCCACUCUGGACGCAGCGCUACAAGAGCAGGACACCAGUCAGGAGGUAAGUGCGGGCUUCUUUUACUUGAUCACACGAGUCACUGAAGCGGACUUGUCCUCCGUCUCUCCCCACGUGGGAGGUUUUGAAUCCCUCUGUUGUGCCUUUUUUAACACACACUCCGCUGGCUCAGAUCAAUUCGUCAAGUCUUUUCUUUGGAUUAUUUUCAGGCCAACGUGUCACAGGAGGCCGAGGAGACACAAGAACCCCGUCAGAAGAAGAGAAAGCAGUGAGCCGAGGCUCAACUCGGUUUGGAUCGCACACCUGCGGCUUCCUCCCGGAUCUUGUCCCGGCAGUUGGGUCCUAUCUCCCUUUGUUUAGAGAGCCUUUGGUAGCGUUGAGGAUUUGGUAAAUGUCCAAUGCCUCACCUGUGGAAAGUUUGCACAAAGUUUGUUGAACUUGGUUUUCUUACAGUUCAAUUUAUUAAUAAGUGUUUUUUUUCUUUUUAAUGUCACAUCUUGCAUGGAAUGUUACCACCACUGACCGGUAUCAGAUAUGUUUGAUUAAUUCCCUUAAAUGAUAAGCUACAUUGUAUGUCAUUUCACUCUUUUCUGCCAUGUCACUUACAGCUCUGUAAGGUAACAAAUUGAUUAAUUUACAGAAAUAUUGCUUUGAUACCUGCAAGUAUUUUAUCCGUAACAUACCCUGCUGUUUUUAAAGCACAUUCUUCAUAUCAUAUAUUUGGAAAAAUACAUAUUACAACCCGUUAAAAGACACGUUUAACUCCCGGCUGAUGACGGCGUGCAGGACUUACCGGGUGGUAGGUUGUAUCUCCUUUCCAGACCCGUGGGGUUGGAGGGGGUCACACAGUCCAUGGUGACCUCCUUCCGCAGACACUGGUCAAUGUCCACUGCACUGAAGAAAGCUACUGACUGGGGAAGGUCCUGCAGGCCUAACGCAUGGGCAAACACACUCCUGCAGGGGACACAAGCUUUUAUUGCCUAGUCCAUAAUAAAAAAAAGUUGAAAAUUCCAACGGGGUAAUAAAUAAAAUAGCAGACCUCGUAAGCAGGUUUGUGAUUUGAAGCGCCAGCGCCGCUCGGUAGCGGUCUUCACUGCGGACGAGGUACCGCACCUCGUCGUGGAUGCUGAUGCAGAAACGGCCAUCGACGUCGUGCUCCUCAAAGAGCCACUUCAUGGCCACCAGCAUGAGGUGCAGGUAGUCCACCGCAGAGCUCUGGACCACCCAGUUCACUCUGCUUGUUAUAAACUAAAACAGAAUAUGGCAUCGUCUUAAUUUAGACCUUAUCCUGCUGGGGCGUUUGUUUUGAUGGUCAUAUUUUCUCUAAAAGAAAUCAAUAAAAAGGCCAUUAACA